AAAAAAGAUAGAAAAUAGGAAAUAUAACGGGUGACUGUUGUAACUUACGAGGGAGUGGAGUCAUCUUCGUAUUCCCACUUGUUUCUGCUCCGAACUAAAAUCAAUAACAGAUCCCCCUUUUCGUUUAUCCCGAUCAGGGUUUCAAUUAUCAUUUUAAUUAAAUUGAAUGGCUGCUCCGCCCGCUAGACCUCGAGCUGAUUACGAUUACCUCAUCAAGUUGCUUCUCAUCGGUGACAGCGGUGUGGGCAAGAGUUGCCUCCUUUUACGAUUCUCAGAUGGUUCCUUCACCACGAGUUUUAUUACAACCAUUGGUAUUGAUUUUAAAAUAAGAACAAUUGAGCUUGAUGGAAAACGCAUUAAACUGCAAAUUUGGGAUACUGCGGGUCAGGAGCGAUUUAGAACAAUUACUACUGCUUAUUACCGUGGAGCCAUGGGUAUUCUGCUGGUGUAUGAUGUAACUGAUGAAGCUUCCUUCAACAAUAUUAGGAAUUGGAUCCGUAACAUUGAACAACAUGCGUCUGACAAUGUGAACAAAAUUCUGGUGGGCAACAAGGCUGACAUGGAUGAAAGCAAAAGGGCUGUUCCUACCUCCAAGGGCCAGGCACUUGCUGAUGAAUAUGGCAUUAAGUUCUUUGAGGCUAGUGCAAAGACGAAUAUGAAUGUGGAAGAGGUUUUCUUUUCAAUUGCAAAGGACAUUAAGCAACGACUUGCAGAAACUGAUUCCAAGACCGAGCCACAUACGAUAAAGAUUAACCAACCAGAUCAGGGAGCAGGGACCUCUGCAGAUGCUCCAAAAUCAGCUUGCUGUGGUUCUUAGGAGAUAAUUAGCUGUGGGUGGGCGGAAAAGUUAUAUACCGCAGUGUCAUGGAAGAUUGUUAUGUUUUAAUUGCUUGUAUUGUUCACACUAGAACUAUAUUUAUCACAAGAUUGUUGAGUGGUAGAUCCUUUCGCAAGAAAUGGAUCAGUAUAGAUGUUUCUUCUUGUCUAGUUCAUAAUAUUGUAUUUUCUUGCAAUAUGCAAGAAGCAGCCUCGUUUCAAGAAACAGUUUUUGAUAUUGU